AUGAACCAUCCCAGAGUAAUGUUCCAGACUCCAGGCAGGGACGAGGACAAUGAACCCCCCCAGCACAAGCUCGGGAAACUGACUUUAAAGUACAACCGCAAGGACUUGCAGGGAAGGCUGGACAUUGAGGAAUGGAUUGAUAGUCAGUUGCAUCUGCUGUUUGAUUGUGAGGAGGAUGACAUUCCAGAGCUGGAGAUUGACAUUGAUGAGCUGUUGGAACUGUCAGACUGUGAGCAGAGACUAAAACUGCAGGACCUUCUCCGUGAUUGUGGCAGACCAAAAGAGGACUUUAUUGAUGGACUUCUAUAUCGAAUAAAAGGACUUCGAAAAAUGUCAGGAACCUUGAAAAAAUAAAUUUAUGGACAAAAGAAGCUUACUUUGUGGAUAGAUGUUAAAGAAUGUUAGCCUAAGGUUUCCUUUUCCUUUAGAAAGGUUUAUAGUCUGAUGCCAUAUGAGACUGUGAACGUGUGAAAGUCAACAACAACUUUUUAGUUCCAAGCUCUUGUCUAUUUAAGUGUUUAUGUAGUAGUAGAUGCUGUUUGUAUAUACGAGUACUUAAAACGAAACUUAAAACUUAAACCAUUUUAUUAAGUUCUCUAAAAACAUUAGUGCAACUAGUACUUUAUUGAACCAAAGCAAAGCUCUUUAUAGUUCACUGUCAUCAUUUAUUCACACUCAUGUGCAUACAAAACUUGUUUAUGACUAUUUCUUCUGUGGAACACAACAGAUAUUAUCAGAAAUGCCUCAGUGGUUUUGUGUUCAUAUAGGAAGUCAAUGCGGUUUAGCGUCGUUUGCUUAUCAAUGUCUUUAAAGUAUUUUUCGUGUUCUGCAGAA